GUUUAAAAGACCUAAAAAUACAGCGUCGGUUCCUUCCCUACAAAGACUCAUUUGAACUUCCCACCGCAGAGCGAGAGCGACAUAAAUAGUUCUGACAUGUGGAUGUAAUUUCAGAAGAGGGAGAGAGAGAGGGAGAAAAAAGAGACAGAUGCAGAGAAAUAAAGUGAGCGCGCCGAGCCCGCAUGGCAUACAGUAGAUUAUAGGAAAUUAAACCGAGGCGAUUACAGAGUUAUGGUUCCACGACGCGCCAUAAGCAUCCAGCGGCCAGAUGGAGUGAAAAGAAGCGCAACCCUCUCCGCUUUGAAAGAGAGCCUGUCACAUUAAAUCAUCUCAUCCGAGCAUCAUCACACUUGCGUCCCGUUCGAGCCCCGCGAGGACUCCCGGAGGUGCCUCGGGUCAGGGAUGGGAACCGCUGUGCUGCUCCACAAUCUGGACCUACUCCUCGUCUCACUGCUCAGCAGUUUGUGUCUGGUUUACACAGAUGACGUGCUCACAAAGGAUGAACAGAUAGGCCUGUUGUUCAAAGCCAAACGCAAGUGUGAGGGUAACAUCAAUUCAAAGCACAAGGUUCCUGAUGGUUUCUGCUCACCAGAAUGGGAUGGCAUCGUUUGCUGGCCUGAAGGGCCUCCGGGAAAGCUUGUAUCCACUUCCUGUCCAGAGUAUAUCUAUGACUUCAACCAUAAAGGACUCGCAUAUCGUCGGUGUGACAACAACGGAACGUGGGAGCUGGCUACAAUCAACAAGACCUGGGCCAAUUAUAACGAAUGUGCAAAAUUCCUCUACCAUUACAAUCACAGCCAUGAAAAGGAUGUUUUUCACCGCCUGUAUCUCAUCUACACAGUGGGGUACUCCAUUUCUCUGGGAUCACUCAUGGUGGCGGUUGUCAUCUUGGGAUAUUUCCGACGAUUACACUGCACCAGGAACUACAUCCACAUGCACCUAUUUGUGUCCUACAUGCUAAGAGCCAUAAGCAUUUUCGUCAAAGAUGUUGUACUCUACUCCGGAUCGGCCUUAGAGAACAUGGAACGAGUCACUGUGGAAGACCUCAAGUCCAUCACGGAGGCUCCGGCAGCCAGCAAAACACAGUUUAUCGGCUGCAAGGUGGUUGUUACCUUGUUCAUGUACUUCCUGGCAACCAAUUACUACUGGAUCCUUGUGGAGGGUCUGUACCUCCAUAGCCUCAUUUUUAUGACCUUCUUCUCAGACAGAAAGUAUCUGUGGGGAUUUACUCUGAUUGGUUGGGGAGUACCAGCUAUGUUUGUGACAGUUUGGGCGACUGUGAGAGCCACGUUUGCAGACACAGAGUGUUGGGACCUAAGCGCAGGCAAUUUGAAAUGGAUUUAUCAAGUGCCUAUCCUGGCAGCUGUAGUGGUUAAUUUCAUGUUAUUUCUGAACAUCAUCAGAGUCUUGGCGACUAAACUACGAGAAACUAACGCUGGGAGGUGUGACACAAGACAGCAGUACAGAAAACUGCUGAAGUCCACGUUGGUGCUGAUGCCCCUGUUUGGUGUCCACUACAUCAUAUUCAACGCCAUGCCGUACACAGAGGUGUCUGGAGUUCCCUGGCUGAUCCAGAUGCACUAUGAAAUGCUGUUCAACUCCUUCCAGGGAUUCUUAGUUGCAAUUAUAUACUGCUUUUGCAACGGGGAGGUACAAGCUGAGAUCAAAAAGUCCUGGAGCAGGAGGACUCUGGCACUGGACUUCAAAAGAAAAGCUCGGAGUGGCAGUAACACCUACAGCUAUGGACCUAUGGUAUCACACACCAGUGUUACCAACGUCACUGCCAGAGGGCCGCUGGCCCUCCACCUCACAACGAGACUGGGACCGGUGCCUGUGAACGGGCACAGGAACCUACCCGGGUACGUAAAGAACGGCUCGGUCUCGGAGAACUCGAUACCUUCGUCGGGGCAGGAGCUCCACAUUCCUGAGGAGGAGCAUUCGGCUCACACAAGGCCCUGCGAGAACGAGAAACCAUCGCCUGUGGUUGAGGAAGAACGGGAGACAGUCAUGUGACCUCCAGGCCGCUGAGUAUACAUAGUAAAUCUAUCUUAACAAAUCACAACACAGUCUCAGAAUGGUCUGAAGGGGACGCCUGCAUGCAUCAACACUGCCGGGGUUUUUUUUUUUCCCUCCUGUGAAUCAAGCCUUAACAAUACCAACUGAUGAGGCUCAAGGCAAGAAGGGUGUACAGAUUUUGUGACCUGGGCCAUCUUCAUUUGAGGGAUAAUGACCUCCAUUGUUGUGGCAUGUACCCUCGACUCUUUCCACAACCACCUGCCACAGUGAAUGUGUUAAAGGCUGAAAACAGACUGCCGUUUCUUAUUUCUUCCCCACUGCCAUAACUGUUGUUAUAACUGUUGUUACCUUGUUGUCGCUUUUGCUUUUUUGGGGGGCAAAUGUCUUGUGCUCAGCUUUUGUGCAUAUAUCAAACUGAGGUUAUAGAUGCAGUUGUUGCUAUGAAUGGCCUUAAUCACCUAUGUAAAGCCAGUUGGAAUUCGAGUGCACUUGAGUGGCAAAUGUGUGGCUAAUUUCGUCAGCAGGUUUUCAGAUUAAGUCGGUGCGAGCGGACUACGUGUAGACUCGGAUUGAAGAAAAAUAUAUAUAUUAAUGCUCUUAUAUUUUUGGGCAUCUGUAUCUCAUUUGUUCUGCAUCGGCUUAAAUCCACUUCAGUGUAAAAGGGAAGGUACUCAGGUAAUUGAAGUCCUCUGUUGUUGCACACCUAUUUUUAUACCUUUAAAGUGGUGUUUUGGCAUGGUCAGCAUAUGUCUUGAAAGGAUGUUGCUUAUGUUAUAUAAGGCUGUGUUAAAUAGUCUUUCUUUUUUUUUCAAAUGUACAGUUUCUGCUGUUUAGACAUUCCCAGUAUUCAUCUCUCUAAUUACAACAGAUGUUGAAGAGUUCAAAUGAAUGUUUCAUAUUCAAAUUCUCUGCAAAACACACACACACGCUUGCACACACAAACAUGAUGCCAAAGUAAGAAUAUUUCUUUGAAGACUGUCUCUUUCUCUGGGUUCAGUGUUCGCUGAGGUAAAGAAGAACUUUAUGGAAAUCUGACAGAAAUAGUAUCGCGUGUUCUCACAAAGUUUUCAAAGGAAGAGACCCCUGUUAAAAUAACACAGGGUGCAGGAAAUGGUCUUAUGUAUUCCAGUGGAAUGUUAAUUAAAUGAGGAAUCUCGAGAAAAUCUCAAAUUCCCUUGGAAUUCCAAGAGUGGCAUUUGUGGCGGAUAUGAAGGAAAACCCAGAAAUUAAUAACACACAGUAUUUUUUACAGAUGGUUCAGUGUUAUGCUGCUUUUUGAUGUAUAAAUAUAUAUAUACAUAAAUAUAUAUAUAUAUAUAUAUAUAUAUAUAUA